GACAAAUUUGUUAAAGCAGUCUUUGAUGCCCACAAGACAAGUGUCGAAGAUAUGGUUAAUAUAAUAACUUUGAUCGACUACUACAAUUUUCUUCAUUACUUGGUGUAUUGGAUACCUACUGAGAAUGAAACAGGAUCUCUCGUUUACAAUAUGCUUUGCACGAUAUACUUUGUUCUUGAUCAGAAAUCUGUUAAACCACUCCAGUCACCCAUUAAGCCUUCGCCGUAUCUACCACCGCUGUUGACAGAGCUUUUGCAAUGGAUAAUUUACUUUUUAUGUAUGAUGGGGCAAUUUCACAAUACACCUCAAUCACUUACUGAAGAAUCUCUGAAGACUUUUUAUAUGUCAGAUAAGUACAACAUGAAAAUUUAUGAGCCUCUCCAAGAUGGCUGGCGUUGUUUUAACGAUUUCUUCACGCGAAAACUGUUGCCAGAAGCCCGACCCAUCGACUGCUCUUCCGAUCCAAGGGUUAUUGUAAGUGUCACAAAUUCGGUGUUUGAUGGCUAUUGGGAUAUCAAUGCUCAUUCAAUUGUCACUUUAAAACACAUCCUCUGGACUAUUUGCGAGCUACUUGCAGACACCAACUAUCACCGUCAGCAUGCUCCUGUCGAUGGCAAAGUGCUCAAAUCUAAAGUCCUCUCAGGUCAGAAUUAUCUCGAAGUUAUUGUUAAAACAGACUUCAGAAACAAACUGAUACUCACACCUGGUCAAAGAAUUAUAAAAACAGAUCAACCAAAAGCUGAGAUCGAUGCUCUAGACUCUCCAGGGUAUCAAUUCUGCCAGGCACGUGGUCUGAUUGUAAUCGAAUCAACGAAAGUUAGAUUAGUGGCUGCUUUACCUAUUGGUAUAGCUUAG